UUUAUUUAAUAUUUUUCAAAAAAUUAUCGUUUCAGUGUCAAUAUUGGGUUCCAGUUGGCACGUGGCCGAGACAGUGAUCACGAGCGCUUACCGAGCUCUUUCCAAAGAACUGAUCACAGCGGAGUUAGGUGCUUACGUUGGACUUGGUCACAUCAACAUAACCCUAUGUGCUAUGCCGUCUGACAACUCUUCUGUACCUUUGGAAGACAUCAGCUUCAACGAACGUUUUUCUUGGUUGGGGGCUCACGAGAUGGGYGAAAGUUACCAAGCAGCCUUGUACCGGGGMAUGCCCUUUCCCAUAUUGACUGUAGCCGAAUAUUUUAGUCUGGGCCAAGAAGGAUUUGCUUGGGGAGGUCAAUAUAGAGCGGCGGGAUACUACGGAAGCAUAUUUUUAUGGACAGCGUUUGUGUUKUGGUUCCUGAUGAACGUGCUGCUGGUUGUCGUACCGCGGUACGGGGCGUACACAAUGAUAGGUAUGGGAAGUUUUAUGGUCGGAGCCACAGUCGCCUAUCACUGCAUGCUUCCGUCGUCGCCUCUAGUCAUACGUUUUCAGGACGACAAGUUUUUAUUGUUCAGGCUGGGCUGGUGUUUCUGGCUAACACUAUUCACCGGUCUGCUGUGCAUUUCCGUCGGAUUGAUAAUUGUGGCCAUCGAUUGCGUGUACCCACACAAGUUCUCCACCAUUCUCGAGGUGGACUUCGACACACCGUACGACCGGCACAUCAUCAUCGAGGACAGCAUCCACCGGAAGAAACGCGUUGGCAACAAGAGUCUGGAAGAGCCCGAGGGCCUCGGCCGCAGGAUACUGAGGCGACUGUCGUCCAAGAAAGAUGAUGACGUCAACAACCAUCUGAAACGCGCAGGCGCGGACAACCGUGGCUUCGAGCUGGACCCAGCCCCGCCGAAUUCGCCGUGGAGGUUUCCGUACAACAGGCCAGCAGUUCAGGGGGUGAAGUUCAACAGGACUAUUUCGCAGGACUCGAUGACUAGCCAAACGUCCAACUUGGCAGUCGCUUUCAACAACCGUGACAAGAGCAGAUUGUCCAUAUUGAAAACGUCUUUGACACCCACAAGAUCAGCGCCCGGACAAGCAGUAGUGGUAGAUAGAGCCAAAGAAGUGUCCAUGUGGUGAAACUUCACAAAAUAAUAUAACUAUAAAUGUGCCAAGCAAAACGAUUUGUGAAAAUUUUUUUGAAGUCUGAWCGUAUAGACAUAUAGAUAUAUACAUAUUAUGUACAUAUUAUAUAUAUUACAAAAUGACAGUCAUAUAAAAUUAUAAUUAGUUGCUAUCAUAUUAAUUAUGUUGGUUUUGUCAAGUGGAA